AUGGUCUUUCACAGGUCCACCAAAGGUGCCUCCAAAGCCCGCAGAGACCACAUCAACCAUGAAAUCAGGAACAUGAGAGCGCUGCUCCCCAUCAGCCAGGAGGACCAGGAGCGCCUGUCCUACCUUCACUCCAUGGCUGCCAUCUGCACUUACAUCCGCAAGUGUGUCCUCUUCCAGGGGCUGGAGGCCGGGGGGCGAUCCGACUGCUGCGUGCCGUACGAGGCCUUCCUUGAAGCGCUGCACGGUUUCCUGCUAGUCUCCACGGCGCAGGGCAAGCUGGUCUACGUGUCUGAAAACGUGCCCGAGUAUCUCGGGCUCUCCAUGGUAGAUGUGCUGCAAGGAGACACUUUGUACGACUUGGUGGAACGCUCUGACCUGGACGUUGUUCGGACAAAUCUGGAUACGAGAAACGACGCGUCUGCAGAGAGGAGCUUCGUGUGCUGCAUGCAGACCUCCAAGGCUUUUAGGUUGCAACACGGUGGCGGCUGCUCCAUGCUGGUCAGCGGGAGCUUCCGGUUCUUUCCUCGGUGCUUCUCAGCAGCCUCUCGUUCCAACGAGCCUCUGUUCGUGGCCCUCUGCACCCCCACGGCGAAUCGCAGCGCUCAUUUCUCUCAGAGCUUCAGCAGCGCUCACGGACUGGACAUGAGCUUCACUCAGACCUCAGAGAGCGUUUUGUUCCUUUUGGGGUAUUCGGCGGAUGAAAUGUCGGGCCGAUCCUGGUACAGCCUUGUUCACCCUGAAGACCUGUCACUGGCUGCUGAUUCUCACAGGAGUCUAAUAAAGGCAGACGAAGGCUUCCGGGUAGAGAUGGUUUUGAGGCUGCAAGGUCCAGACCAGUCCUGGACCUGGAGCUACAUUCAAGCUACCAAAGACCGCGGCAGCCGGAGCAUCAGCUGCACCAACGUCAUCAUCAGUGAAACCCAGGCCAGAUUUCUGCGGAAGACGACCGGCAGCGACGCCUUCAAGCCGCCGUCCGGGUCAAAUCAGCCGAACUUCGCCCAGCAGCCGUCUCGCAGCCAGAACUUCGGCGCUAAAGCUUGUAAACGGCCGAGGAUGUCCAACGGUCGUCGUGAAGAGCCAGGCGCCGGAGCAAGCAGGGAGUCUGAGCAGAAUCUUUACUGGGCGCUGUGCACCCCCUCCCAAGGCGACAGAUCUCCUGAUUUGGGCGGUAGCCCUGAUCUCUUCACCCCUCCCUACAGCCCCACCUCCUCCAGCUCCUCUCUGCAGCAGGAGGAGCUGGACCACAUGUCCUCGCCUGGCACCUCUCCCUCUUGUUACUCCAAUCCAGCAGCGGGGUUCACCUGCCACCAGCCCCCUGCCGAGCCCCCCCCCAGAACCACCGAUCAAACCUUUGAAGACCUGCUCCCGUCCAGCUCUUCGCUCCCCCCCUCGCCUCGGGACUACGACUUCCCAGCGUGUUCUUCUGAUGCUCGACUGGUUCCGGACUCUCUUUCCAUGUCAGAAAUGUGUGAGCUUCCAGCGGAGUCUCUGCAUCCAGAUGACUUUGAUCUUCUCGAGCAUCCACGUGGGGGGGGUCUCGUCCAGCUGCAGCACGUUCCCCACCCAGAGCUUCCAAUGCCCUCCGGUCUGCUCACGCCGCUCCAGUCACCCGUGUCGACAAACCAUUAUAGCGAGAGGGAGCAGGAGGAGAUCAGUAUACUGGCCCAGCAGAUCUCCUCCCUGGCCAGCAGCUUUGACCUGCACCACAGCCUGAAUGUGCUCGGGGGGGCCCAACCGGCUGCCUGCGACGGGCACCACGGCCCUGAGCCGGUCGGGGAACACGCCUCCAUGUUCGAGAGCAUCCUCAAAGAUCUGAGCGUGGACAGUCUGUCCUGCCCUGGCACCGCUCCCUACCAGCCUGGUUUCAUGAGCGGAUCCCACCAGGAGCAGGAAGCCCCGGACCUGCUUGAAGAAGACCUCCUACCCGAGGAGCAGCUGUGCCUGGGUGGCAUCGUCGUGGAUCCCUUCAGCUUGCAGCUGGGACUUCAUAACCUGAACACUGGGUUGCAUCAACCCAACAUCUGCACGCAGCGUCGCCUCCAGCCAGACGGACGUGCUGGACCAGCCUUGUACUGA